AUGUUCGAUGAUUCAACAGGUCUGAAAGAAGUUUGGCGAGUUGCAUUUCAAAAUGAACAAGUUAUCAAUAUCUAUACACGAUUAAGUUCAGAUCGAGUUCAUUCGGCUGGUAUUGUCCUUGGUGACCGUAGUGUUCUUUAUAAGUAUACAAAUCCCAACUUAAUUGCUGUUGUAACUGAAGGAAUUGAUUAUCAAAAAGUUCCAUUUGUGAGUAUUUAUCUGUUGGAUACAGUUACUGGCUCAUUAAAACUUUCACAUACCCACAAACGUGUAAAAUCACCAGUUCAUGUCGUUCUCGCGGAAAACUGGAUUGUUUAUACUUAUUACAAUCAACGAUACCGACGAUAUGAAGCUGUCAGUUCUUCAUUGUUUGAAGGUGAAGCUCAGUACAACUAUUCAUCAUUUUCAUCAUUUGAUCCAAUCGAACCUGUGAUUCAAUCAAAAGCUUACAUUUUGCCGUAUGGUGUCAAUGCUAUUCAAGUUACAACAACAGAGAAAGGAAUAACAUCGCGUGAUAUAAUCAUGGCAGUACCAAAUGGAAUGCUUAUUGAAAUUCCCUGGAUGUUAUUCGAUCCACGCCGACCAUUCGACUUAACAUCUAUGGAUCGCGAAGAAGGUCUGAUCAUGUAUACACCUGACAUUAUGGUUAAUUUCGAAAGUGUCAUUAACUAUUAUAAACAAGUGUAUAAUAUUCGUGGUAUUCAUACAGUAUCAACAGGUCUCGAAUCGACUUCUGUUGUUUUUGCUUAUGGUCUUGAUAUGUUUUUCACACGUGUUUUUCCGUCGCGUUUAUUUGAUCAAUUGAAAGACGACUUUGACUUUAUGUUUAUUGGUUGGUCAACAGUUGCAUUUGUUGUUGGUUCUUUCAUUGCCAAACGUUACGCAGCUAUUCAUCAAACGAAGAAGGCUUGGAAAUAA